UAUCUUUUCAUCAAGUCCCGUAUCUCCGUUCUUCGGUUUUAAGAUAAGCGCAGAACUUAAGUAUUUUUAAUUAGAGGUCGUGAUCUUCCAGUCGGUUUUUUAUAUGACUGAAGUAUUUCUUUAGAAAUUUCGGUUUGAGGACAAUGUAAUACGUGCUUUUAUUUGUCAUAAGUGUCUUUAACACAGACUUGAUCGUUGGUUUAAUUAUGCAAUUCAGCCAGUUAAGUUUAUUGGUGGGUAGCUUUGUGGCCUGUGGAUGUGCUCGUAGUGAUUAAAUAAAAAACUCCCAAUUACUAUGUAAUAUAAUUCAUUUGUUUUAUAUAAAAUGUUUUGAAUAUGGACGUUUACAUUUGGAUAGUUACUCUGUGCGUGUCUUUCGCUUCGAUUGAAACACUAAGUUGCAAAAGAGAAGGAAAAUGUAAAAUUAGUAGAAUUCAUUCUAUGAAGGCGGCUGACUGCCACGGUAAAGACAUGACACAAUUUACGCAGUGCUUAGGAAAAGACAUUGAGGUUGUUGAUCUUUCCUUCAACAGAAUACGAAAAUUAGCGAAAGAAGACUUAACGAAAUAUUCGAACCUCAAGAUCUUGUACUUAAACGACAACUCUAUAGCUGCUAUUGACAAGCAAGCUUUCGAAGGAAGUGAUUACUUACAAACUCUCGAUUUGUCGCUAAAUUCCUUGACGAAAAUACCGCCAGUAUUAUUCCAACUUCCGUCACUUCAGUCACUCUAUUUAGGACAGAACUUAAACAUGAACAUCGUGGACGUCGUCGAAAAAGCAAAACCUAUAAAAAGCCCGUUGUUUCAUUUAGAUAUCAGCUACGUGAUGACCGAAGAACCCGGUGAAUUACCAGACCUCGGGUUUAUGCCGACUCUGGAAAAGUAUAACAUAUCAGGAAAUAAACUGAUCUCGAUGACUACGAAACAUUUUGCGGGACUUUGCAGUUUGAAAUUUUUGGACACGACGAAUGUUUCGAUCGAAUACGAAGAAGACGGGUGUGGAUGUUGGACGAUAAACAGGUGGCUGAUAAGUCGAAAAGUCAAUUUUAAGCCUUUCGUCUGUCAUAGAAAAGAAGCUGAAUGCCUUCAGGAUGUUCCCAUAGACGAUUUUAAAGUGUACGAGAAAUGUAUCGGUGAACUGAAGGAAGAACUUCGAAAGUCAAAAAUGAAGACUAUAUUGUUAAUAGUUGUCCCAAUUGGUGCUGCGGUGAUUUUAGCUAUAGUGGCAUACUUCUUCGUAAGACGAAGGCGAAAGCUAAAGAAAAAGCAAAAAGCAGACCCAACACAAGAAAUAAUGCUCAACAAUGCAGUGAAAAAGGCGUGAUACUACAUUUAUAAGUUUUUAUAAUUAAUUUAUUGUUAUUUAUCAGUUACAAUUUAGAGUGUUAAAUUUUUGUGAGAAAUUGAUAUUAUAACCAAAGUUUGGUUUUGUUAGAUAAUAUAGAAUAGAUUUAUUAAAGUGUACACCUAUUAUUGAAUAAAUUUUAUUAUGGUAAAAUGACAAAUAAUUGUACAUAAACUACAUUUCUAAUAAUAAUAAUACUGCUUAUA